AUGCAGUCGCAACCAGGGCCUGCCUACUCUGAUAAAGCCGGGACAGGUGAGACAACUGCAGCUGCACUGGAGUCUCCCUUACAGGAGAUCGGACCAUUCAAAGACGAACAUGGCGCGCGCGACAGCGAGGACUUCAGCCUCGAUUUAGAAUUGGGCGACAUCCCACUCCUGCCCUCCGAUCGCCAAGGCAUGGAACUACCGACCGAAAAAGGCGCGUAUGAUCCGUGGUUUUCUUGUACGCCCUCAGGGCUUUGCGCGUGGCUCCGCGGCCCGAAGCCACCGCAUGCGUAUCACAUCAACCCUUGGUUCCCACGGUUACAGGCUGCGCCGGGGCUUCUGAUAGAUCGCAAAUUUCCGAAAAGAAGUUCGAAGAUCGCGUUGCUUUUUGGUGGGCUUGUUUUUUGGAUCGUUGUGUUCUUUUUCUCGCUCAAGGCUUCUAUUGCUGGUCAGGAUGUUUUGGGGUAUGGGCAGCCUGUUAAGCUGUCGUGUCACCAUCGACUAUGGAAUAAUGCUACAAAUUGUGGCAUGAAUGGUGACCUUUGUCGUCCUUUUGAGGAUCAGUCUUUCGCUUUCCGCUGUCCCUCGGGGUGUGCGCAGGCUAUUCUCUUGGAGCCAUAUGUCGUCGGUGCGGAGGAGUAUAACUACCGCCCGUUGGUCAUUGGUGGCAAGCCUUUCAGGCUGGAUAGCCACAACAGCGGCAUCUACCGUGGCGACUCGUCCAUUUGCGCGUCGGCUCUGCAUGCUGGUGUCAUCGAUGAUGCGACUGGUGGAUGUGGCAUCCUGCACCGCACCGGCGAGCAGCGGAAUUUCCGGUCGGUGGUCCAGAAUGGCAUCGAGAGUAUCAACUUUCUUUCGAGCUUCCCAAUGUCGUUCCGGCUCACUAGGGAGGCAACCUCAUCAGACUCAAGCGAGGCAAAGCUGAUAAAGUGCUCGGAUGUUCGCUGGUCGCUGUUCGCCUUCACAUUGAUCUGGACUACUCUCUUGUCACUGGUUGUGACUUCUGCCCCGGCCUUCUACUGCGCAAUCUAUUUCAUUGUAUGGUUUGAAGUCGCCAUGGCAUCCGACCCGCCCUCGAACGGGAGCUUAUACGACCUGAUAUCAAUCGGGCUCGGUCGUUUCCUACCAGGCGCAUUUGUGGGCUUCGUGAUCUAUCACUUCUGCGUUCGACACACCUUGCGCAAUCUAGAUGCGCACUGGGACAAGACUGUCUUAUGGCUGGGUGGCUGCUGGGUCGGUGCCUUGAACACCGACACCUUCGACAGGAUCCCCAUCUCCCGCCUGACACCCCACGAUAUCCAGCAACAGCCAGGCGCACUGACUUCCCUGAUCAUCAUCGUUGGAUCCCUCGUCGCGAUCGCCCUCGGCCAAGCGCAUUGUUUCCGUCGCGAGGGCCGCUUCUUCCCCACCCUAAGCAUCUACGGCGUCCUCCUCGCAGUUAUCCUCAUCCUCGUUGCCGUCCCGCACAUGAACCUACGCAUCCAUCACUACAUCCUUUCCCUCGUUUUCCUCCCUGGUACAACUCUCCAAACCCGUCCUAGUCUUCUAUACCAGGGUAUCCUCGUCGGCCUGUUCAUCAACGGCAUCGCCCGCUGGGGCUUCGACUCCAUCCUCCAAACCCCAGGCGCCCUCCUUGACGGCGCAAAAUUGGGUACCAUCCCACCGAAAAUCUAUCCCCCGUCCAUUGUCGACCGAAACAGUCUUGUAUUCGCAUUCCCGGAUAUAGAAUCCCAUGCCGACGGCCUCAGCGUUCUGGUGAAUGACGUCGAGCGCUUUCAAGCGUUCCGCUCUAAAGAUGGCGAGCCAAUGCCUGACUUUUCUUGGUCUCGCUCCUAUCCAAAUGAGUUGGAAUACUUCCGUUUUGGUUAUGUUCAUACGAAUGCCUUGGGUGGCCUUUGGUAUGAGGACUUUUCGCCGCCGGCUGUGUGGAACGCUGAUGGGGUCUUUUCUUUCCCUGACCCUGAGAUUCCUGAAUCUGAGGAGUAG